AUGCAGAACAGCCAUAGUUGGCGAGGCCUCAAGGCCCAGCUCCGGUGCAUACGCCUUCCCCGCCAGGGCAGUGCUCAAGAUGGAAAGCUCGGCAUGGGGAAAGCGCCGGCGGUCCUGGCCAUGGAGCAGGCGGACUUCCAGCACUCCAACGCCGGCUGGGGCGUGCCGCUGAGCCAGCAUUCGGACCUGGGAGGCCCCAGCCGGAGGCCCUCCCAGGCGGGCGGCAUGGGCGGCUGCCACGGCGGCAAGGGCGGCUGCCAAGGCCCUGGCAUGGACGGCAUGGGCUCGCCCCAGAACAUGGGCCAGGCCCCCGGCGGCAUGGGCGGCAUGAUGUCUCCGCAGGCCAUGCAGCAGGGCAUGGGCACGCCCCAGAACAUGGGCCAGGCCCCCAUGCCGAAGCGCGGCGGCGCCAACUGGAAAGGACGGGCAGCCGGGCGGCAGGGACGACUUCCAGAUGGGUCCAGCUCAGGUCCAAGGAGCAGGAUGCGGCGGCUACGGCCCGGGCGGAGGCCCGCCGGGCCACUACGGCUCCGGCCCGGGGCAGCUGGGCCACGGCAGGGGCGGCUGCAGCCCCGCGGGGGGCAGCGCGGUGGACCAGGCCCGCGGCGGGCAGCACGACCAGGCGCAGCUCUACAGUCAGGGGGUCGCUGGCAGCAGACCAUCGGCCGUCCUGAAGUGCACGCUCGACAACUUCUUCGAUCGGAUCAGGACCAGACCCUGCCCACCGAUGCGCCGCCCGCCGAGUGGCUCAACGCGCACGGCCCUCCGUACAAGACCGUCCUCGGAGACUGGUCCGGCCAGGUCGCGCCGCAGGCGAAGGCGAUGAUGAUGCCCCAAGGCAUGGUGGGCCAGAUGCGCUCGAUGCAGCAGUCAUCGCAGCAGCAGGUCCGGCACGGAAUGCAGGUCUUGCCGAGGCGCUGCAGAUAUUGCCCAGAUAGUUGGAUUGGCGACUGCAUGCUCACAGCAGGUCCGCAGGGCCAGCGCGCGAAGCAAGGCAGCGGCGGGCGCGCGCCCGGCCACUGGGCACGCACGCCCGAAGCGUCGGUGCAGGCGGUCGGAAGGCAGUGCCUCAACGUCCGCUCGGACGGUGGAGGCCGCAGGGCAGGCGCCACGAAGACCGUGGCCGAAGCAGUGAAGUCGGGCACGGUGCCCAAGGCUCAGAGCCCCACCACGUUCAUCCACGCCGGGAAAUCGCCCUCGGACUUCUCGUACGACUCGGUCGCCCAGCCCCAGUUCCUCUCCCUGCCCGCCACGCCGAGGCCAGCCAGGUCCUGGAAGAAGAAGUCGGCCUCCUUCAUGCCCGCCGCGUCGUUCUUGCGGUAUAACGGCGUGCCCUUGGUGGUCACGUACUCCAUGCUUUCGCGGGUCUGCCUGGCGCUCGCCCGGAGGGCUGCCGCGGGCGCUUCCAGUGUGUCAAGGGCGCUCCCGUGCGCUGGCCGGGUCUGCCGAGGCGGCCCAGCGCGCGCGGCGAUGAGCGGGCCCGCGGGGCCGGGGGCGCUCGGCCGCGAGGCGGCGGUGGCGUGGGUGAACGCCUACGGCGAGGCCUGGCGCCUGCAGGACACGGGCCGCAUCCUGGCGCUGUACACGCCCGAGGCGCACUACGUCGAGCGGCCGUACGACCAGGAACGCGGCACCUACAAGGGCCACGACGGCAUCAGGCACUACUGGGAGACCCACGUACGUGCGCAGGAGCGUGACAUCCACUUCCGCCAACUCGAGGGCGACUUGGUCUUCGACCCUGAGGCCCGGGUCACCGUGCUCCAGCGGGGGGCCAGCUGGAAGACGGUGCGCUUCCUGCAGAUCGCCUUGCUCCGCUUCGCGGCCGACGGCCGCGUGCGCCACUUCGAGGAAUUCGGGGGCAAAGAAGGGGCCUCGCGGCAGGGGGCCGGGGCUUACGAGCGCUUUUGGCGCUCUGCAGAAGCUUCUGAGCGCCUGAGCGCUCCGCAGAAGCUUCUGAACGCCUGA